CAAUCUAUAGCGUUUUGCCACGCGAACAGCAGACUGGAACAGCAAGAGCAGAUCUUCAUUUCUGUACAGUGAAGGCAGCUCAAAUAUGGCAACAAACGACAUGUACUUGGGGGCGGUGGACAUGCAGUGUGAGACCAACAACACCGAGCAUCACACCAUCGAGAUUGAGAAGGACAGGCUCCUAGUCCGGAGGGGACAGGAAUUCCGCCUCCGUGUGGAGUUUAAAGAGCAGGCAUACCUGGAGGGUGGAGACCAGCUGGCAAUGUUUGUGCACACAGGGCCUGCCCCAUCAGAAGCAGAUGGGACUCGAAUUCAAGUACUGCACUCUAAGCUGAAGAGGGGCAAAUGGACAUUCCGUCUCCAGGCAACUCCAGGAUAUGUUCACCUGGCUGUCCAGAGUCCACCAAAUGCCUGCACUGGCCACUAUCAAAUCUACCUGGUCCUUUACCCGAGUGGAGGUGCAUCCAUUCAACAGAUCACAGCAGGAGAUUUUCACCUACUCUUCAACCCCUGGUGUCAAGAGGAUGCUGUAUACCUGCCUGACGAAGACUUGUUGCAGGAGUAUAUUCUGAAUGAGAAUGGAUUGCUCUAUCAUGGCUCAUAUACCAACAUCUACACAUUACCAUGGAAUUUUGGACAAUUUGAAAAAGAUGUCAUUGAUAUUUGCUUUCAAAUUUUGGACAACAGUCUCUCUGCUCUUAAAGAUCCAUUGGCUGAUGUUGCAAGGAGAAAUGAUCCUGUAUAUGUCAGCAGAAUAGUGACCGCAAUGGUGAAUGCGAAUGAUGAUAAAGGGGUGCUUUUGGGAAGAUGGGAUGGUAAUUAUGCUGAUGGGAUUGCCCCGACCCGAUGGACUGGGAGUCUCCCAAUUUUGCGCCUGUGGAGUGGUUCUGGAGCUGAGAAAGUCCGAUAUGGGCAGUGCUGGGUCUUUGCUGCUGUAGCUUGCACAGUUCUCAGAUGCUUGGGGAUCCCGAGUCGUUGCAUCACAAACUAUUCUUCUGCUCAUGACACUGAUGGCAAUCUCAAAGUGGAUCAGUAUUAUAGCAGUGAAGAUUAUUCGCGCAUUCCUUCAAAAAAGAAAGACAUGGUAUGGAACUACCAUUGCUGGCUGGAAGUAUGGAUGACCCGUCCUGACCUUCCCCCUGGCUAUGACGGAUGGCAGGUCUUGGAUCCUACUCCACAAGAACAGAGUGAUGGCAUUUACUGCUGCGGUCCUUGCCCUGUCAAAGCAAUUAAAGAAGGUCAUGUAGAUGUGAAAUAUGAUGCUGUAUUCAUCUUCGCCGAGGUCAAUGCAGAUGUGGUUUACUGGCUGGUAAAUAAAGAUGGAUCAAAACAAGAGUUGGGAGUCAAAUACCACCAAGUGGGAAAGCAGAUCAUUACAAAAAGUGCCUACACAGAUGAACGAGAGGACUUAACACAUGAAUACAAAUACCCAGAGGGCUCUACAAAGGAACGGGAAGUCUACAGCAAAGCCGGAAUGAAAAUCAGAUCUGCCAACAUUCAGGAAAAUGAUUUAAGGAUCAGCAUUAAAUAUGCUCAGCCAAUCCUUGGAAGUGAUUUUGACAUUUACUUCAACAUUGUAAACAAUGGUUUUAUGGACAAAGAUAUCCAUUUAACACUGUCUGCAACCACUAUAACAUAUAAUGGGUUUAUUUUAACACAAUUCAGCAAGAGAUCAACUACAUUUACAUUAAAAGCUGCCACAGUUCAGAAAGAAGUUUUGAGACUGAAAUAUAGAGACUAUGGCGAACAUCUCUCUGAGCACAACUUAAUUCGAAUGACGGCCAUGCUAAUCUCUAAAGGCACAUCUGAAGUGAGUCUCAAGGAGUGCGACAUCGCUCUGAACCUGCCUCAGCUCACUGUGAAGGUAAUCGGUGAACCAAUCCUGCAUCGGGAGUUAACUGUCCAAAUAAAGUUUGCAAAUCCUCUUCCCAUCACACUAACUGACGGCAUCUUCAGUGUGGAAGGCACUGGGCUCACACAUCUCCAGGAAAUUAAGUCUCCUACCGCAGCGAUCCAUCCUGGACAAGAGGUGGUGGUGAAUGUAUCCUUCACACCAAACAAGACAGGCCUACGGAAACUGAUGGUGGAUUUUGACAGCAGCAGACUUCACGAUGUUAAAGGUUCCACCAAAAUUAUUGUCAGACGGGCUUAACAGACAGCCUCUGGUAUUUUAUUAAGUAUUUUAAUCUGUGGAUGAAUCAGCUAGGAAUCUUAUCUCUUUAGUCUAACAGAACAUGUGGUUGCUAGUUUCAAAUGUUGAUUGAAAUUACUGUCGCUAGUGCUUUAGCUACCCAACAGUGCACUGACAAUGUUGUAUUAAGGGAUAAGAUAGUUUCCAUGCUACAUGCAUCGGACCAUAUUUGCUUAAAACUAACAGAAAGCUUUAAUGCAAAGAGUAGCAAACCAGAUAUUCAGCUUUCUUCUCACAUUUGUCACAUGGUGAUGUAGAAAGCAGUACAAACACUGAGGUAAGAUGGAAAAUCUCAGCAGAUCAGGUAGCAUCUGUAGACAAAAGCAGGGUUAGUGCUUCAGAUCAAUGACCUUUCUUCAGAGUGUUGAUGAAGAGUCAUCAGCCUGAAAUAUUUUCUCUUUCUCUCUCCAUGAAUGCUACUUAACCUGCUGAGAUUUUCCAGUCUUUUCUGUUCUCAUACAGUCUGUACUAGAGAAGUGAUUUUUUUUUUAGUGAUAGAGAGUGGAAAUCCACUUCAGAUCAUUAAAAGUUCAACAUGUCGUGGAGUACUCAAGUUUUGUAAAGUAUUGACUUGAGUCUUGAGUUUAUCUGCUGACAGUUAUGGAUUUUCUUUUGCUUGUGAAAGCCAUGCAAACAAAGAAUGAAACAACCAAGAGUUAAAAAGAUAAUUUGGUCUUCCUUUAGAAAGAAACCAGUUUAUAUCGAAGAUAAGGCGAUGUAUAUGUAAAUAUAUAUUAUGUAAUUAUUAUGCCAUUCUCUGUUAUGUCAGGAUGUUUAUCCAUUUUUGUGGGAUUUUUUUGCUUUCUGUUUAAGCUAGGAGAGAUGAGACUCUAUGUUCUUGAUGGGGUGAUUGGGUGCUGGGGGAGUUGAUGGCUCUGACAUUCUGUCUACAAACUGAGAGGAGAUUGAGCAAAGCCCUUUUGGGAGAAAGUGUACAUUAGAGUGUUGCUACUUUAUAAUGACUGCUCAGAAAAGACUGUUACAGAAAACCUUUGAGAGUCAAGCAAUUCCCUCAUUUUUCCAUCUUUUAACUGAGAAUAGCUUUCUCUUAAAAGGUUCUUCUUUCUCUCUGUACCCAGCGAUGACCCAGUUUUGCCAUUCAGUUUUAAUUUGGCAGCUCAUGGCUUGGGCUGUUGCUAUGAUGUGAAGUGGACAGGACUUUCAGCUGAUGAUUGUCUAGUUUUGAUGGCACUCUGCUCCCAUCAGAGGCUAGUAACCUGAUAGAUAUCAGCCCAGUAUUGCAAGAACUGAACUCAUGUCUCGGCACGCUGUAUGGAAUGGCUCUGGAUCAGAAGGGAAGAAUUCUGCUGUUCAGUCAAGAAUCACAUCAAUAUGAGAUGUUCCUGAAAUAUAAUGGAAUAUAGAAUGUUUCCAGUACAUAAAGAGAACGUAUAGACUGUGCUGACUCUGCAAGAACAACUCAGCAAAUCCCAUUCCUCAUUGCUUUCCUGUCACCACGGAAAUGGUUUCCUUCCAUUUUUUAUGUAGCUAGUAUUGUUUCUCAAUAGAUAGGCAGCUUCAAUUGUUCAAGCAUGACUCAGAUUUUAUCACAUCGUGGGCUGACUACUUUAAUAAAUGUGAUUAAU